GCAUGUUGUACCAAAAGGAAAAUAAGUACGCAUGGUGGGCGAGUUGGCAGCGUUCGGACCACCGUCCGGACUGGACAUCAAUCAUGUCUAUUAAUUUUUUUUUCAGCUUUCCACGUCCUAAGCGUACAAUCCAUGUCUUUUUAAGGGCCGCAGAGCCAAAACUCCGAUCGGAGAUGCGACCAAACUCUUUUACUUUUCAGCCCCCAUGGCAGCUCCAUCCGACCAAACGCCGCUGCCGCUGAAAGGACGCGUGGCAAUCGUGACCGGCGGCGCCGGCGGGAUCGGCUCCGCCAUCUCCAAACACCUCGCCUCCCUCGGCGCCCACGUCGUCAUCGGCUACGUCGGCGAUCCGACCCCGGCCGAAAACCUUGCCUCCGCCAUCAACGCCACCACCGGCACAACCUCCGGUCCCCCGCAGGCCAUCGCGGUCGCCACCGACGUCUCCAACGCAGCCCAAGUCAUGUCCUUGUUCGACGCCGCCAUGCAUGCCUUCGGCCCCGACCUUCACAUCCUCGUCACCGCCGCCGGCGUCAUCGACGCCGACUACCCGUCGAUCGCCGAGACCAGCGAAGAAAUGUUCGACUGGAUGUUCGGCACCAACUGCAAGGGCACGUUCCUCUGCUGCCGGGAGGCGGCGAACCGGCUAGUGCGCGGUGGCGGCGGGCGGAUCAUCACGUUCUCGUCGUCGGGGGUGGGGUCGCUGAGGCCGGGCUACGGGGUCUACUCAGGAACCAAGGGUGCCGUGGAGGUGAUGACGAAGAUUCUGGCGAGGGAGCUCAAGGGGACGGGGAUCACGGCCAACGCGGUGGCCCCUGGAUCGAUAGAGACGCCGAUGUUUUAUGCGGGGAAGUCGGUGGAGGAUGCGAGGAAAUUCAUGGGGGAGAUACCGAUGGGCCGGCUGGGGCUCCCGGAGGACGUUGCUCCGGUGGUGGGGUUCUUGGCCAGCGACGCCGGAGCGUGGGUGAACGCCCAGGUCGUCCGGGUCAAUGGUGGCAAUGUGUGAGUCUGAGGGCAGCUGAUGAGCCAUGAAUAAAAUCCUCGGCAGCAAGUUAGCGAGUUGUUUGGUGUGAUGGUGUGGUAGAUGAUAACAGAGCGUUGGUGAGUUGAGAGUUUGAUGGCUUUAGAUGUUGUUUCCUCCUUAAUUUUGGGAGUGGUCGUUCAUGUUCACCACCAUUCUCAAAGAUUUCCAACUAGCAUGAGUGCUUCAAACCUAGUUGGAUGUUUCCAUCCAACCAGCUAAAGUAGGAUAGCAUCUGGAUAAGAUAUCAGAUGACUAUACGUAGAAUUUGGAUAAGAUUAGGUGUUUGUGAUGGACGUUUCUCUGAAGUGGACCAUGUCUCCUUGGGAAA